AUGUUUUUGGAAUACUGUUGUCGGUGCUGUGGGACCACUCUGAUCAAACGGCAUGGCCAACUGCCAGUCAACAGCAAGAUCCAUGACACCUGGGCUGUUCUGCAGAACCUGUUGAUGUGUAUUGUGUGCUUCUACUCUAUUGUGGUCAGUCUCUGCAUCGGCAUUCUCUGUGUUAAAGAGGCUGACAGCUUGUUAGCGCCUUUUGACUACAUGACUCAACCAUCAUGGCAGAAUAGUCCAAAAUAUUUUGUGAGUGUGAUUUCGACAGAGGUGAUGUACAUUCUGGGUGGUCUGAUGUUCGUGUGGAUUGUGGAGGAGUGGGUGUGGGAUUACGCCAUCAAUGUCACUCUGCUUCAUGUUGGACUGACCGUAGCAGUUUUGGCUGAUUUUCCAUCAACAGAGCAUUGGUGGAUUGCGUUUGGUAAGUUCUAA